AAACGUGCUUCAUAUAAGCCUAGCCCGUCGGCUCACGUACCUAUAUCCUCGGACCAUCGUUUGUGACACCAACCGAUUAACAAGUCGGCCCGGUAAGCAUCAUGAAGAAGUUCCUGGGCCUCAGGGGCCAGGCCCUCAACCUGGCCGUGGGCACCAUUGCAGGAUGCGACUUUCUUCUCUUCGGCUAUGACCAGGGAGUCAUGGGCGGAAUCCUGACGCUCAAGAUCUUCCUCGACACCUUCCCCAUGAUCAACCCCGGGGUUGCCGGGAUGACGCCAGAGGAAUCGUCGACCCGGUCGACGUACCAGGGCAUUGCCGUGGCCUCGUACAACCUAGGCUGCUUCCUCGGGUCCCUGAUCACCAUCCUGCUCGGCAACCCGCUCGGGCGCAAGCGAGUGAUCAUGCUGGGCACCUCCACCAUGGUGGUGGGCGCCAUCCUGCAGGCCAGCGCCACCACGCUCGAGCAGUUCAUCGUCGGGCGGAUCAUCACGGGGCUGGGCAACGGCGGCAACACGUCGACCGUCCCGACGUGGCAGUCCGAGACGUCCAAGGCGCACAAGCGGGGGAAGAUGGUCAUGAUAGAGGGCGCGCUCAUCACCUGCGGCAUCAUGAUCAGCUACUGGAUCGACCUGGGCCUGUCCUUCGCGCCCGGGUCCGUGGCCUGGCGCUUCCCGCUGGCCUUCCAGAUCGUGUUCUGCAUCGUCAUCCUGGUCUGCAUCCCCUUCCUCCCGGAAUCCCCGCGCUGGCUGAUCCUCAAGGGCCGCGAGCCGGAAGCGCGGGAGGUGAUCGCCGCGCUGGAGGACACCACAACAGACGACAAAGUGGUCGAGAACGAGGUGCUCGCGAUCCGGGAGACGGUGGCGGAGAUGUCCAGGGACACCUUCGCGGACCUGUUCACCAUGGACGCGAACCGCAACCUGCACCGCACGCUGCUGGCCUACUUCAACCAGGUCUUCCAGCAGAUCUCGGGCAUCAACCUGAUCACGUACUACGCGGCCGUCAUCUACCAGGGGCUGGGCAUGUCCGACUUCCUGUCGCGCCUGCUGGCCGCCGUCAACGGCACCGAGUACUUCCUGGCCUCGUGGCCGGCCGUGUUCCUGGUCGAGCGCGUGGGACGCCGGAGGCUGAUGCUCUUCGGCGCCGUCGGCCAGGCCGCCACCAUGGCCAUCCUGGCCGGCGUCAACUCGCGGUCAACAACAGAAGAUAAUAAUAAUGAUUCUAGUAAUAAUAACACCGGCCUGCAGAUCGCCGCCGUCGUCUUCCUCUUCGUCUUCAACACCUUCUUCGCCGUCGGCUGGCUCGGCAUGACCUGGCUGUACCCGGCCGAGAUCGUGCCGCUGCGCAUCCGCGCGCCGGCCAACGCGCUGUCGACCAGCGCCAACUGGAUCUUCAACUUCCUGGUCGUCAUGAUCACGCCCGUGGCCUUUAACAACAUCGGCUACCGCACCUACGUCAUCUUUGCCGUCAUCAACGCCUUCAUGGUCCCCUGCGUGUAUCUCUUCUAUCCGGAGACGGCCUACCGCUCGCUCGAGGAGAUGGAUAGUAUCUUUCGAAAGGUGGAGCCCGGCUGGAAGGGGGUGUUUACGGUUGUGCGGCGGGCGAGGGUCGAGCCCAGGUGGUAUGGUAGGCAUGGCGAGCUGUUAGUUGAUUAUGAGCAGACGUCUGAGCAUCGGCGGCGGGUGUUGCAACAGCAGCAGCAAAGUGAUGGCGGGUUGGCGGUGGAGAAGACCGCUGAAAAGGCGGGAAGUGCGGCUGCGCAUGACGAACAUGUGAGGUAGAUGGGGGCAAUGAACAGGAUCUGGGUUUAUAGACCAGGCAAUAGAUCAGGGAAACCAAAUUUCAAGCUGGCA